AUGGUAGAUUCCUAUUAUAGAUUUGUUCGGGACAGCUGUAAUUUCCCUGGGAACUCACAUGAUGCUGUAAUUUUUCGUUCAACCGACCUCUGGAACCCAAUACAAGCAGGUUUUAUGCCAACAAUUGGUAAAGCUGUGGGGGAUAUUACUGUCCUCGUGGUUGGAGAAUCUGCAUUCCCCCUUCGUUCGUGGUUAAUUAGGGCAUUUACCAAUGCUGUACUGACACCUCAGCAAUGUUACUUCAACUAUCGCCUGUAAUGAGUAGAUGCAUAAUGAAGCUCUUCAUGAUAUUUGACUGUAUUAAGCCGGGAGAUGUCAUCUCAUGAAAGCUUGAUUAAUCUGUUGAUAAAACGGUGGAAAGAGGAACAGGGAGGCAUUGACAAAGUUGCUGCACAUGAGAGACUGUCCAAGCAUAAGGGAUGCUUUUCAUGA